CCUAGAGAACUUUCAUCACAUUCUUUCAUGUGACCAACAGAAAUUUUUGGGUGUCAAAGAAAUUUGAAGGGGAAACUAACAUGGUCGAGCCAUGGUAUGCAACUGCAUAUUGCGUAGAUAAACUUACUGACUCGACAAUCCAGGAGUGGGUGCAGCGAGCUCCGAGUGAACAUCUUCGUUUGCCAGUGGCUAAUCAGUUUAUUGCCACUGACUUGUCCCUCAAGAAGACUGACAAGGUCAUGUAUCCAGUGAUUGAACUUUCACACUUCUUGAGAUGUUGCCGUUUAUCUUACAUUGGCUUGAUAACAGGGUCUGCUAUUGAUAUGAUGACCAGCACCAUAACUGUUGGUAGCCAAACCAACUGUUGCUCAUAA